AUGUAUCCUUUUCAUCUCACAAUUUUACUCAGUUUUUUCUUUCAUUUCCACACAGUUUCGAACACACUCUCCCGUCCACUUUCGCUCUUUUUCACUCACUUUGAUUUGAAAGCUGGCAGCAAUUUGGACGCAGAAAGCGAAAGAAAAAUGAGAAAAGGGAUAAAAAGCAAAAAAGAGGGGUGGAUCGAUUUAUAUCGGUCCUCCUUCCUUUUACUUUCGUCUUCAUAUACGGUCUUACACGUCUAACGCGCUUCCUCAUUCACGUAUACAUACUCCCUCUUCUAGCAUUGCCUCCCUCAAUAAGCGGCAUAGACCUAGGUCAGCGACAAAAGGAUGUAACACCAUCGUUUUUUGUCGCUAGUGACGUCAAGAGGUGAGGGGGAUUUUGUAUGUUUGCUUUCUCUCGCUCUCAUAUUCAUGGACUUAGAAGUGCAAAAGGCUGAAAGGAAAUUUGGACACUUUCUUUAGGCUCUGGUUCACAUUCCCUUCGGCAAAAUGCCGCUUUUUUGUUGCAUCUCCAAUAAUAUGUAGAUUUUCUCAGUUUUUUAAUAUGCAAUUAACUUGUU